GUAUUUUAUCUUAUUGAAUUAUUGUCAAAGAACAGAAAAAAGAGUGCUAUUCACCUCUCAUAAGUACUAUACUAUACUGGGUCUGACAUUGAAGCUGUGGGAUAUGGAGGAUCAAGAAGUACUGUCGUACAGAGAGGAGACUAACCUCCACUUCAAUAGUAAGGCUUAUCUUCAGCGAUUCACCGAUCCGCAUGACCUGUGGUAUCAUGCUGCAAUUCUCAAAUGUUGGCACACAUUCUAUCAGGAGCAUGGCAAGGAGUUUGACCCCACAAAAACAUCAAUGCUUGAAUUUGGUGGGGGCCCAACAGUGUGGGAUCUGAUCAGUGUUACACCAUUCGUUAGCAGCAUCACCUUCACUGACUUUGCGGACACCAGCAGGACAGAAAUACAAUUGUGGAAAAGCAAGAAUCCUGAUGGUCACAACUGGAAACCAUAUAUUGAGUAUGUGGUGAGAACACUCGAAGACAAUAAUGACCCUAAUGCUGUUAACCUCCGUGAGCAAGAAAUCCGGGACAAGAUUCAUCAAUUGGCCCCCUGUGAUGCUAGAGCUGACAAGCCCCUUGGUGAUAAUAUCCAAGAGGAGUUUGACAUCAUCCACACUAAUCUUUGUCUGGAGGCAGUAUGUGAUGAUAAGGAAACUUUCUAUCGUUAUCUUAAGAAUGUGUGUCAAUAUUUGAAGCCUAAAGGAUGUAUGCUUAUUGUCACUGCCUGUGAAUGUCAUUCGUACCAAUGUUGGAAGGGGGAAGAUAAUCUGCACGCCCUUUACCUUGAGUCUGAGGACCUUGACAUGGCUUGCAAGACAGCUGGUUUGACCGUGCUGAAAAAACACAUUGUACAAGAUGCUUCUGCAGUCAACGCCACCAGUAACUCGAAGUAUUAUCAGUUCACUGUUGCCCAAAAGAACUGACUAUAAUUGAUUUGCCAAGUUUAUAAAAAGGACCUCUUUUACUAACAAGCAUGCACUCUUACUAAAAUAAUGUGCACUGUUAUUACAAUGCUAUGUAUACUUGAAUUAUUAUCAGUAUACAUUAUUUGAACCACAGAA